CCAAAAUCCAAACAGCAAUUUCGAAUUAAAGUGGGGCAGCUUUUCAAGAAUUUUUUUUUUCUUCCUGUUUUAGUUCACAUUUUGCUGGUGAGAGUGAAGCUGCAUAAUUCCAUGCAACGAUGUUCAAUUGCAUCAGAAAUUGCUUUAGCAAUAGCAUUAGAGAUAACGUCAAGGGUUGUAGGAUUGUACAACUACUGUGGUCCGACACAUUAAUGCGACGGGCAUUUUUUGUUUUACAACCAUUUUUGACGGAUGUUUGGAAACUAAGCUUCACUCAUGCCGCCGCAAUCGUCAACAUAUGGGAAGGAACAAGCCUCAUGCUACCCGCCGUCUUUCAGCUCCUCGCCGACAAGUAUCUCGGAAAUUUUAAGGUGGUCGUCAUCUCUACCGUCUCCUCUACUCUGGGUAUCGUUUUUGUUACAAUGUCGUUGCCACCGGUUCUGGGCAUGGGUCCAUGCAAGGAAUACAAUGAAACAUGUGUAGGGAAUACGCAAAGAGGCCUAUUGUACCUCGGAGUGGCGUUAACGGCUAUCGGACGAGGCGGGCUGACCGUGAGUGUGCCUUGUUUGCACGAUGAACAGACCAGCCAGGGGGGACAAUUUAAAUUGUGUGGUCUUGUGCAAAAGCAUGGCUCGACAGCACAGAACCUUUGCGUAUACGCAAUUGGACUUGUUAUAAUUUCACUGAUAUCGUCGUGGACUUUCCGGUUUGGGUUUCCGGCAAUCUUCGCCGCCUUUGUAACCGUUACCUUUUUGGGCGGAUGGUCGUCUUACACAAAAACCGGUCCCAAGGACGAAGGGAGUUUGCUCUCUACACUCUUCAAAGCGUUCACCCCUUGCAGAAAUCAUCAAGAAAACGAAGGUGGUCGCAAGGAGUCCAGUUUUAUGCGGCACAUCACCGGCAUCUCAAUCAACUUCAUCAUCUUAGGCAUUGUCUCCGCGCUCGGAAACACCUUCUUCGUCUCCCAAGCGAACUAUAUGAAGCGCAAAUUCCUAUUUAUGACCAUUCCACUCGCCGUAUUCCAGCUGCCGAUGCUGAUCGCCCUAGCCGCCGCCCCGUGCAUAUGCGCGAUGUGUGCGUUCCUCCAAUGCGCGAACAAAUACUGCAACUUCUGCGUGCCAAGAUGCCUGCGCACGAUCCCAUCGAUCGUGGGCGUGGCGGUGGCCAUGGCGCACGCGAUACUCUGCUGCGUGGUAGCCGCGGCGGUGGUGAAGCGCAAGCAUGCCAUGUGGCUGGUGUUCCAGUUCUACUUGGUGGCGUGCGUGGAUGUGUUUUUUAGGAGCAGCAUCGAGGCGUACUACCACGCGCAGGCACCGAGCACGCUGAGAGACUACCACGAUGUGUACACGGAUUUCGUGACGGGGGUUGGGUAUUUUAGUAGUGUGGUUUUGGUGGCGAUUGUGGGAAGGGUGAGUGAGGGGGAGGGGAAGGGGAAGAAGAGUUGGUUUGGGGAGACGGUGGGUGAGAGCCGUUUGGAUCGGUAUUAUUGGCUGCUGGCGGUCUUGGGGACUUUGAGUUUGGCUGGAUUUUGGGUGAUGGUUCCGUUUUGCAUAGGCAGGGUUGACAAAUCGCCCGCGAAUGACGAUAACGAUAGUAACAGACUUCGUCACCAAUCUUCUUGUUGCUUCGGGCGUUACUGA